AUGGGGAACAUUUGCUCGCGUGCUUCCAACGACCCCGAAGCCUUCUCCAGUCCCGGCCGCGUCGUCGGAACAAAUCCCUCCAAUCAAUCUGCCGCCCCACGAGCCUCCGUCCCCGCAAAGGCCAAUUGGAAGAAUAGCCCAGGUCGAACAUUAGGCGACAGCGCCGGAGCCCAAGGCGAUAGUGAUGAAGCCCGAUCCAAUGCCGCAAUUGCUGCCCAGAAACGGGCCGAGACCGCAUCUUCAGGUAACAAGGGCAAAUUAGGGUCGAAACUGGCGGCGCAAAAGGCCAAGACCCAGACUCAAACCCUCAACGAGGCUAGUGAAACAGAACGUGCGACCCGCGCCCAGGACGAUCAAAGGGAGGUGGCGGCUUAUCAAUAG